CAAAAAAGUUAAAAGAAGGAUUUACAAGAAAAGUCGUCGUCUUUACAGUAUAGUCUUCUUUCUCGUCUUUUUCAAAUACCCAUUUUACCUUUGAAUUUGGGACAAAAUCGAAACAAAAUUAUCUUGUUUUUUUUUGGGCAAAACUCAGGUUUCUCCAAAAACGCCCGAAUUGAAACACAGUCAGGAGAGUAUAUGCAGAAAAUAUCUGAAGAUUGUCAGUAUUUUAAAUAAAAAUAAUAUGUUAUUUUGCGUAGAAAGAAUUGAUUAAUAGAAACUUUGCUAAUACUGGAAUUACCUGAAAUUUAAACGAAAUGUUAAAAAUAUCAUUGAUAAAUGGCCCUUAAAAUAAAUCUAAAAACAAAUAAAAAGUCAUCAACAUUUGCCCAGCGUCGGUGCGUUGGGUUAGUGCGCCGGUGCGUUGGGUUGGCGCACCAAUCCAUUUGCGUAGCACUGCGCCAACUAAUAAAAACUCAUUGAGUUACCCAGGCCUACAGGCAAGUGUAAACUCGCCAUUAUUGUGGUUGAUAGACAAUAUUAAGAGAGCUCAUAUUGACUCACCUUUGAUUCAAACUGUCUCACUUAGCCAUUGUAUAAAAUGUACCCUAUUCGGUGUCUUUGGACGAUUCGCCUCCACGCGAAAGAAACGCCAAUAAUAUAUUUUUAUUACUCACUGUGUAUCUUCCUAAUAUUAAUUUAAUAGGAGCCAGGGCCUGGUUGUGCCUUUGCAAGUAAUUCAACUUAAACAGGUGAAUGCGUUUACCUGCAGGUGAUUGUCAUUGUCCGCCUGCUGUCUCGUAAUUUUUUUCUAUGUUUCUAAGUGAUUAUGCAAAAUUCCCAACUGAAAAUCGUUUGCACCAUUUUCAGAUAAUGACGAUUGUGUGGACUUGCGAGGCGGCCUCAACCCGACAAAGCGAAUGAUGUUGGAGUUGGAACCGCGCAGCGCUCAAGAGGCGCGCAAUGAUCGCGCCUUUUACAGAAUAGUGAACAGUGCUCUGAAGAAACUGGCCAAAACUUACCACUCCAAUACCCAGACCAAUCCCAGGUGGAAACCUCGGGUAAGGGAGCGCACUUAUGAUGUGCCGCUCAAAAGAAAAAUUUCAGGUGGGCGGGCUGGGAUCAAGUCCAAGUCGGAGCUGCUGACCGCAAUGAAAAAGCGCCAAAAGUGCAGGAAUCCAUCGUCCAGCAGUCCAGUGAUUCAACUCUCCGGUAGGGGCGAUGUGGCGUCUCAGCUGGCACCGAGCAAAAACACCUUUACAAUGGCGAAGCCAACCAGGGCGGAUAACCAGGAGCGCAGCAAAGGAAAAACGCUGAUCAAAGACAAGUCGCUGGAGAGACUCGUCGACCAGUUGCCCACGGAUAACUCUUCGCAAGAAAUCACCAGAAACCAUUACUGGAAGGAUCAGCGCCUGAUCGAAAAAUAUUCCCUGCUGAAAAUUCCCUGGAAGCGCUCCCAUACGCUCCCUCUAUGCGCCUCCAAGCCGUCCAUGGCCUUAAAGCAGGACUUCCUCCGGAAGCUCAAACAGCAGUGCGACAAGAAAACGUAUCUCUACGACGAUGGAACUGAUAUUGACUCCACCAUGCACAUUGACCUGAAAACCUCGCAGGUGUUUCAGGCUCGGCUAUCACCGGGGUUGAACAUCAGCGCUCACAUCUGGGCCCUUCUACUGAUUGGGCUGGUGGUUUGGUUCAUGUGGGGCAACAAACUGUACAAUCUGCUGGCGCCCAAGCCGCCAGAAAGCCCCUUUAAGAGAUACAUGAAGUAUGCUGGAGGGAGCAUCUUUUACACGAUAAGCAGUAUUAUUAGGUUCAUUGGGAGGAUAUUGGCUAUUCCGACCCAUCAAGUCUUCCAGCCGGCCAACGACUACGUUUGGCCCCAUUAGCGUGAUGGUUUAACUGUACUGUGUUCGGGUCGUCAAUAGAAAACCCCAGUCGAAAA